CAGAGAGCAUGUUCUUUAGCUGGAGAGAUGCAGUAGAACAGCACCCCUACAAACGAAGAGUAUGAUUAGUAAAAGCAACAGAUAUAACCGAGGAAAUGACAAUAAAUACUUUUAGAUACUUUGAGACUUCAACAGUUCAGGAUUUCGUUCUGCAGGAAGAAUAUGGGAGACAAAAAGAUACUCAGCAUUGGUUUGGUGUGUCUGGAUAUCAUAAAUGUUGUGGAUAAAUACCCGGAAGAAGAUACUGAUACUAGGUGUUUGUCUCAGAGAUGGCAGAGGGGAGGAAAUGCAUCAAACACGUGCACAAUUUUGUCUCUGCUUGGGGCCCCGUGUGCAUUUAUGGGGUCUUUGGCUCCUGGACCAGUAGCUGACUUCAUCUUGAAUGACUUUCAAAUGUACAAGAUUGACAUCUCUCUUCUUCUGGAGCAUGCUGAAUGCUCCUUUCCAGCUUCUGUAGUAAUCAGCAGUGUGACGACAGGAAGCCGUACAAUUCUGCAUAUGAACAGUUUCAUCGUGGGGGAUUUUGCACGGCUUGGGGUGGACAUAUCUGGUGUGGCUUGGCAGCCGUGGGGCGAGACCCCGUGCGCCUGUUGUGUGGUGUGUCCCACCAAAGGCUCUCGCACUGUCGUGCUCUCGGACACAAACUUGCCAGAUGUUUCUGUACACGAUUUCUCAAAGGUGGACCUGAGCCAGUACAAGUGGAUCCACUGGGAGGGCCGUAAUGCUGACGAACAAGUGAAGAUGAUUGAGAGGGUGAGAGAGUAUAACAGCAAACAGGAAGAGAAGAACAGGAUCACCAUCUCUGUGGAAAUUGAGAAGACCAGGGAACCCCUCUACCAGCUCUUCCCUCUUGGUGAUUUGGUCUUUGUCAGUAAGGAUGUGGCCCAGCACUUUGGGUUUACCUCAGCCGCUGCUGCAUUGAAGGGUUUCUAUGGUCGUGUGAGAAAGGGAGCUACCCUCAUUUGUGCCUGGGCAGAAAAGGGAGCGGAUGCCAUGGGUCCUGAUGGUGUAAUAAUCCAUUCAGAUGCAUUCCCACCUGAGAAGCUUGUAGACACACUUGGAGCAGGAGAUACGUUCAAUGCUUCUGUGAUCUAUUCCCUUUCCAACGGGGGCAGCCUACAGGAUGCUCUCACAUUUGGCUGCCAGAUUGCAGGCAAAAAAUGCGGCAUCCACGGAUAUGAUGGAAUUUUACACUGAACAUGGCGGAGAGGUGCACAGCUUGUCAGCUGCUGAUAAAUUUAACUAGCAUUGUAAGCCAGUAGCCAUUGUCAAGGCAUGAUGAGGUACUGAAAAAUGUUGCUUCACAUAGAAAAGACUAAUGUAUAUGCAAAGGAUAAAUCUAAAUAAUGAUGGUAUAGCCUACUGAUGUUUUUCUGUGUUAGAAUUAAUAAAUUAAUUGAAAAAAACAAUAACUUACAAUUCUUCACUUCUGCAUUAAAAAAAUAUCACAAAGAAAAUAUAACUUUAGGAUUUUUUUGUACACUACCAGUCAAAUAUUUGGAAUAAUAUUUUUGUAAAUACUUUUGAAAGACGUCUUUAAUUGUUGCAUCAAAAAUACAGUAAAAAUGUUAAUACUGUGACAUAUUAUUACAAUUUAAAAUAACUGUUUUCUUUUUUAAUAUACUUUAAAGUGUAAUUAAUUUAUUCCUGUGAUGGCAAAACUGAAUUUUCAGCUUUAUAACUUUAGUCUUCACUGGCACACGAUCCUUCGGAAAUCAUUCUAAUAUGCUGAUUUGCUGCUCUAGAAACAUUUUUUAUUAUUAUCAGUGUUGAGUAAUACAGUGAUACACUUUUUUUUCAAAAGUUUGGGGAAAAAAUUAAUACUGUUAUUUAUAAAGGAUGCAUUAAGUGAAAACCUUCAUAAUGCUACAAAAGAUUUCUAUUUCAAAUAAAUGCAGUUCUUUUGAAUUUUAUUCACUUUAUUGCAUUAAACAGCAAAAACUGUUUCAACACUGAUAAUAAAAAUAACUAUUAUUAAUAAGAGCACCAAAUGAAUAUCUAAGUCAAAUAAUAUUGCACAAUAUUACUUUUUUACUGUACUUUUGAUCAAAUAAAUGCAGCUUUGAUGAACGUAAGAGACUUUUUAUGAACACAUUAGUCUAAACUUCUAACCUAAACCUGUAUUGAAGAUUGUGAGCAUACUAUCCAACAGUGCUUUGAUAAUACUUAUGAGUUAUGAGGAGAAGUUCAGGGAUAUUGUUCCCUGAUUGAUACUGAAUGUUGGCAAGCAUCUCUGCAUCGGUAGGGAGCACAGGCCUGUGCGUUUGCACUGUAUGCAGAGAAAAAGAGACAGAGGAAGACAGCUGAAUAUAAGUGAACAAAGAUGAAAGACAAACAGGAUACAUGACAUUUUCCCACCCAAUCCCAUUUAGACACAGCUGGCCAGCACUACACGGAUUCUUUUACCACACCCAGUGUGCAAUAAUGACACCCUGUCUGUCUGACAAUAUCUGUUUGACAUUUACUUUGGGGAAAAUUAUACAAAUGGAAUUUCUUUAAGCCUACGUAUUAAAUCUUUUUUUUUUUUUUUUUGGAUAUACUGUAAAAUGCACUCUUUUCUCAAAUUUGUGGAAAUACUGUAUCACAUGCCUAGAAAUCUGUAGCAAUCACUGACAAAUGUAAGUCAUUUUGGUGACUGUAGGUAGAGUAGUUCUUACUUUUCCAACUUUAAACAUACUUAGCAUGAAAUUAACCCCAUGAGCAAAGAUUCAUCAGUGCACAUUAUUCCAAAGAAAAAAUUACUUGAAUGUAACUUACUGUACCUCAAAACCAACUUUCCUUUUCAGCCACAGACAUGAAUAUCCGAGAAGACAAGGAAACCAAUAACCAAAUAGCUAUUUAUUAAUCAUAGGCUAUGUAGUAGUUGAAAGUUAUUCAUGACUCAGUUGUUGCAGUAGUAUACAAUGGAUUUAAAAAAAAAAAAAAAAAAAUGCUUGUCCUUUUGGAUAAGUCGAGAAUCUCUCAAGAGGGAAGUUGGGCAUCAGUCUCCACAUCCUGAUUAAAAAGCCUCCUCUAAUGUGCAUGGCAUACCAAUGUUUUUUCCUCUGAAAUUUCAUGUUCAGCUCAUCUCCAUUUUGCACUUUGGAUGAUCUAAUCCAAUCCUGAUGGAUAAAAUAAUGUUUCAUCCUAAUUACAUUGACUAUUCUGUUUAAUUUGGAAAUAUGUUUCAUUGCAAAAGUAAAAAGGGUUGUGAAUGCCAUUUCAUGCUGACUUCAUCAAAGAAAAGAAAAAACAAACAAACAGAUGUUUGACUUUCCCUACGGACUGUAUUUAGAGUUCUUAAAGUUGUAAAAGCAAUAAAGAAAUACAAUAUGAAGAAACAGAAUAAAAACAUAACUCCCAAAUGGUGGCACGUAACAGAAAGAGGGCAGAUGGUUCACUUACCAACACUUUGUCUAGACACCAGUGACUUGACAAGCAGAAGGCAUUAUUCAUCAUAAACUACAUCCCCAUAUGACUAUGGAUGGACACCCAGAAAUGUUUUUCUUUCCAUUAAAUCGCAAGCCAAUCUCCAAACGACUUCUCUGGCUUGCGACGUGGAAAAUUAAAUGCAUUAUGCACUCCUCUCCUUAAUCACAGCAUUUCUGUGUACAUGCCUCUAAAAAUAAGUUUUAAAAACAGAAACGGCGGGUCUUUUCUAUUUGAGAACAUGCUUUCAAUCACAUUUUGCUUUGACAAAUGAGCCAGCAACUCCAGUAUGGACUUUUUCCAUGUUGAAUAGAGAAGUCACAGACAGUGGCAAAACUUUCACCAUCAAUCACUGACUGGAAUUCUAUUCAACAGACUCAAGGUUCAUGAGUACCAGAACGCUCCU